UCGAUCGCUGAGGCUUAGUCAGUGAAUUUGCUUCGAAAAGAUCGCACACGUAGAAUAUAAAUGAAAUGAAUUUUGUCAACUUUUGGCUAUGCGCAGGACUGCUAUGUCUUGUUGGUGGACAAUUUGCGGAGGCUUGGAUGGCGCGUGGCAAUUAUCACAAUGACGCACAUCCGGGCAAAUGCGUGAUCAGUGAUACGAUCAUUCUCUCACCCGGUGAGAAGGCGAAAUCUCCCAAGUCUUGUUCGGAAGUUCGUUGUGGCAGUGAACAGGGUCAUGCCACCAUUUAUGGUUGUGGCGCUGUUGUCCCACCAGAGGGUUGCAAAUGGGGUGACCAUGUGAAUAUAGAUGCUCCCUUUCAGGAGUGUUGUGCUCGUCACUUGAUCUGCGAUGGUGGCUUGACGGAUGAGAAUCGCCUUUAUCAACAACACAUUUGGGACAUGUUCUCACGCAGUUCGAAAAGAAUGUCAAUGAGUAGGCAUGUAAUACUCGAAGGUGUUAUUUGAUUAAUUAAAUGUAAAUAAGAUUUUUUUCUUUAUAAAAUGUGCUAACUUAUUAUUGUUGACGAUAUAUGUAAAUUGUUAUUAUAUUAUAAAAUAAAAGAUAUCCGAUAUCCCAUCGGCCAUGCAAAUAAUUAA